UUUGAGACGAGCGUGUCCUGUGGCUGCGCCGUGUGCACUUUUAAACGUGUCUAACCGCCUCAAAAAUCGUGUCCAACUUUGUGGUCGUCGUAUCCGAUUUAUCUCAAGAAAUAUUCUACUAAAAUAAUUGUCCCAAACGACUGGCCGAUCCAUACGAUAAGAACCUUAGCCAAGAAAAUGAUGGAUUCUGUGGACACAUACGUAUUGUGGUAAAUCUGCUUUCUUGAGUGACCAUCCGAAGACAUGGCAUGUGCCACCGCCUUUGGUUUACCAGCAUGGGUCUGCUUUGUAAUCGCCUUGCCACUGGUCCGUUGCAAUACAGAAACCCAAAAGGACACGGUAGAACCGGAAUUCCUGAGUGCAAUGAGUAACGUGACAGUGGCUUUGGGCCGGGAAGCAGUUCUGGUGUGUUCAGUGAAAAACAUUGGCGAACACAAGGUUGGCUGGUUAAAAGCCGAGGAUCAAACUAUUCUCAGCUUACACGAGCGAGUGGUAACCGAAAAUCGAAGAAUCGAUAUCGACGUGGACAAUAAUACAUUUUGGAGAUUAAAGAUCCGGCAACUACAGAGGUCGGACAAAGGUUGUUAUAUGUGCCAGAUAAACACACAAGUCAUGAAGAAACAAAUCGGAUGUGUAGACGUAAAAGUUCCUCCAGAUAUCAAAGACGAAGAGACUAUAUCAGAUGUCACGAUAAAAGAAGGCGAAAACGCCACGUUGGGCUGCAAGGCAAAAGGUAAUCCGGCGCCAAAGAUAACUUGGAGAAGAGAAGAUGGACAAAAAAUAGCCCUCAAGAACAAAGCAAAGAAGAUCAUGGUGGAAAAGGUACGUGGUGAACCGCUGUUACUCAACAGAGUCGAUCGCAGCCAAAUGGGUCAUUAUUUGUGUAUAGCAUCCAACGAUGUACCACCGGCUGUUAGCAAGAGGAUCACGUUGAACAUUAACUUUGCUCCAAUAAUCAGAGUUACGAAUCAGCUUUUGGGCGCACCUCUGCGUACAAACGUUCGUCUGGAAUGUUUUGUAGAAUCGUUUCCGAACUCCGUCAAUUACUGGUCCAACACUAAAGGAGAGAUGAUUCUUGGAGGACCCAAGUAUUACAUAGAGGAAAUCAAAACCGGCUACAAGACACGACUGUUGCUCACGGUACAGUUCUUAGACCGCAACGAUCUAGGCACUUACAAGUGUUCGGCCACCAACUCCAUGGGAUUUGCAAACGGAUCAAUACGAGUAUACGAAAUAAUAUUACCGACGAUUCCGCCGACUACGACCACCACGUCUACUACCACCACUGCUGCUACCACUACCACGGUCACUACCACUACAACUACGGCUACCACAAGCACCAUGAACGCCCAGAGUACAACGGUGAAGCCGCUUUUGACAAAAUGGAAGAAAUAUAAAGAUGCAGAAGGUGAAGGCAAGACGAUAGACAAGACUCGAAGACGGAUGAACGACAUCGAGAUGGAGACCAAGAGCAGUAGUCACCGGGCCAGCACUUCCGGGUCAACUAGAGUGCAAAGUUGGUCGUUUGGUCAAACACUGACAAUAAUAUCCGGGUUUGCAUUGCUGGUGAUCGCCAGGGGAUCAGUUGAAUAUCUGGCAAUAAAAAAAAAAACAUAACUUAAUAAAACCUAACUAGUAGUAAUAAUACGUAAAUCUUUAUAAUUAAGUAUGUUUGUAUAAUGUAUACAUAUAAAAUGUAAUUUUUAUGUACAUACUUUUAAUUGUCAACUCAGUGUUUUAUUUCUAGACGUGGGAGGAAAGUUGGGGGUGGGCUUGGAAUACUAAAAAAUCUUAAAACUUAAAAUUAGUGCUUUUAAAAAUACCUGCGUUCAUUUGUAAGUGGGAGAUUUGUUGAAAUCAAAAUUAACGUAUCGCUAGUUUUAAGUUUUAAGGUUUUUUUUAAGAUUUUUAGAAUCUCAAGCCCCCCCCCCUCAAAUCUCCGCCCACGGUUGUAGGGUGUUUUGUUAAAAAAAAAUUGUUUAAAAAAACUAGAAAGUAUUGUUUGACGGAUGUUCAAUCAUAUCACAGUGUUGUUAUUUUACCGUUCACGAGAAUAACACAUUUUGUAUUAAAGUUAAUGUUUUUUUUUAUUGCUCGCUAAUCAUAGCAAGCACAGUACUUAACGUCUAGACAAAAAAAAUCGUUGGCAAUAAAACAAAAUUGGCGUUUCAUUCAAAAUGGUUAUAUUAUAUUUUAUUGUACGUUUAUGUCAGGCAAAAGCAUUUGGUUGGUUAUUUUUUUUUCUUUUCUAUAAAUUGUUUUAACGGUAUUGUAAUUCAAGUUAAGAUUGUUUUCAAUAUCGGCCAAUUUCCACGUUUAACCAACAACCCUGUCAUAGUGUCUCUAAAAAAAAUUAUGCUACUCAAUUUUCUUGAAUUUUACAACGUUAUUUUGAACAAUAAUUGUUUUCUAACAAAA